CCUACUUCCGAAGAGAGAGAGAGAGAGCGCUUUGGAGAAGAGGGGAGGAGGAAAAGUUUGGGAGAACGCGGAGAAGGAACACGGAAUCUGGAAAAAGGGGAAAGUAUCCGUGGAAAGGGAGGUGGGGAAAGAGAUGGUGGAGUUCGGGGAGAAGCGAUUCCGAAUCCGCAUUCACAUUCCGAUCCGGGAAAAGGUGUGCUCCGCCGCUCCACUUUGCUGUGCUUGCCCUUGAUUCGGGGCGGUUUCUGGUGUUUUGUUGGCCAAGCUGUGCGCUUGAUUGUGCCGGUGAGUUUGAAAUCUGCUCUACUUGGGGAUUUCUGGUGUUUUGCUGGUCGAGUUGUGUGGUUUAUCGUGCGGGUGAGCUCAGAUUGCGAGUGUAGUGUUGAAUCACAGUGAAAGGGUGGUGGGACGGCGAGGGCGGGGUUCGGGGGAGCAGGAAUCCACAUUCACAUUCCGAUCCGAGAAAAGAUUGUGAGUUUACUGUUGAAUCGCGGUGAAAGGGAGGCGCAGAAUAAGUGAUCCCGAGUCAAACAUUCACAGUCCCAUCCGAGAAAAGGUAUGCUCCGUUCCUCCACUUUGGCGCACUUGCCCUUGAUUUGGGGUGGUUUCUGGCGUUUUGUUCGUCAAGCUGCGUGCUUUAUUGUGCUGCUGUGGCUGCAGGUCCUUAUCUUGAUAUUUUAUCAUAUGCUCAACUGCAAGGCAACCAUGAAUUGAUGACUGGGCACUUGUGGCACUGGGUGUCUAUAUUAUCAAAGUGUUGACAUGGGGCAUCAUAUUGGUAAAAUUAUCUGUCGGUUUCUGAUAUUUGCAAUUUGGUUUUGGGGUUCUCAACAUGUGGUGUCACAGAAAACAGAAUUUGAGCCCAAGCCUAAUGUUCCUGACAAGUUUGUGCUGUCUGAUCCACCUAUUGGACUAUUUGAUCCCAUAGAGAUAUCUCCGGCUGUUAUUCCGCGUAAUCCUUAUCCUGUUGAGCCACUCUCACCAAUGUACCCAUCCUUUCCGAGCACUUAUGAACCAGUCUUGACAGGGAGAUGCCCUGUUAAUUUUUCUUCACUGUCAGAUAUCUUUGACAAGACAGCAUCCGACUGCUCUGCCCCUUUAGCUGCACUAGUGGGAAAUGUUAUUUGUUGUCCCCAGGUUAAUAGUUUGAUGCACAUAUUUCAAGGUGUUUAUAGUAGUGAAUCCGACAUGCUUGUUCUCCAGCAAGCAACUGCUAAUUAUUGCUUCUCAGAUCUUAUCAACAUAUUGGCCAGCAGAGGGGCAAACGGCACUAUUCCUACUCUUUGCCCGGUGAAGUCAUCAAAUCUUACUGGUGGUUCAUGUCCUGUCAAGGAUCUUGUUACUUUUGAGAAAAUAGUAAACACAAGCAAAUUACUGGACUCAUGCAGCACAGUUGAUCCACUGAAGGAGUGUUGCAGACCAAUUUGUCAACCUGCAAUAGUGGAAGCUGCUUUUCAGAUCUCACUAAGAGGAGCAAGCAUGCUUGACAGUUCUAGAAUACCUGGGAGUACUGCUGGGAUUACUGUUGUCAAUGAUUGUAAAGGAGUGGUUUAUACUUGGUUAUCCAGGAAGCUUUCGUCAGAGGCUGCUAACACUGCAUAUCGGAUUCUAUCUAGCUGCAAAGUUAACAAAGUUUGUCCAUUGGAAUUUGAAGAGCCUUCAUCAGUAAUCAAAGCAUGCCAUGGUAUGGCUCCUUCCAGCCUUUCGUGCUGUAGUGCAUUGAACACUUAUGUUGCAUCAAUACAGAAGCAGAUGCUUAUAACAAACAGACAAGCCAUCAAUUGUGCGACAUUGUUUGGGUCAAUGUUAGAGAAAGGUGGAGUUACAGCAAACAUUUAUGAGCUUUGCAAGGUUGAUUUGAAAGACUUUAGUCUUCAGUCAUAUGGCCAACAAGGAUGUUUGCUUCGCAGUUUGCCGGCAGAUAUCAUAUUUGACAAUGUUACUGGCUUCAGCUUUACUUGUGAUUUAAGUGACAAUAUUGCUGCUCCAUGGCCUUCCUCUUCCUCUCUUUCAUCCUUAUCUCUUUGUGCACCUGAGAUGUCUUUGCCUGCAUUGCCGAUACCUCAGGCUUCUGUAAGCUCAGGUAGCUACAACAUUGCAAGAACCAUUAUUUCUGCUGUAUAUGUGAUCUCCAGCAUAUUGCUAUGACGCGAUGACCUUCUAAGUCUAAGCCAGGGGUGAUCCGGAUGUCAGCAGAUUUCGGGAAGUCACUUCUUGAGCAGGUCUACAUGUACAUCCAGAUGUAUAGCAGCUUUUUUUCCCAGAGGAAAUGUUUAAUUUUUGUGGACCGGGAGUGAUGCUUGGAAGAAGCGUUGUCAUCGACACUGCAUAGGAGCGCUUUUCCGGAGUCCCGUUCGAUGCUUUAGGUUCCCAAGCCAUCCUAUGGUCGUCUCUUGUGAAUAGAGAAUGUGUGCCAUAUUAGUGUUUCUUUUGGGUUCUUCUGUUCCUGUCUUCCUCUGUUUCCAUUGAUCUUUGUUGCACAUGUCGAGCUUGGUAAUGGGUUGGGAUUUGCUGGUCUGCAGUCUGUGACUCCAAUUUUGGUACUUGUGAGCUCAGAGUCACUGAUGAGAGCCUUAUUGCUUCCAGGACAAUACAAAUGAAACAGUUCUUCAUUAUUUGACUUUAAAUUCCCCA